AUGGGUCAAGCACUUGAUGCACGUGAUGCCCUUGCUAUGUCACUCUACGAGCUGUUAUUCAACUGGAUUCUCAGCAGAAUUUCCUUGCACCUGAAAUGUGCAGAUCACAACGCUGUUAUUACUGUGGUCGACUAUUACGGUGUUGAGCGAUAUAACAACAACGGUCUGGAACAGCUGCUGAUCAAUAGUGUUAAUGAAAAGCUACAAAAUGCUUUCGUUAAACAGACUUUCUUCGAUGAAAUAUCAGAUUACGUCAGUGAAGGGCUUAUAUUCGAUUGGAAGGCUUCCGAUGAGUCAUAUUUGCGACAUUGCAACUUGAAUCAUCUCGACAAAAAUGUGUAUGGAAAGGCGAAGAACAAAGACCGCCUACAAAUGUCUGUACGGCACUUUUUUGGCACUACAUGGUACAGUGUUCAUGGGUUUGUUCAACGGAACAAGCGCUCUUUACCCGGUCAAGUGGUGAAGAUUCUGGCCGAAAGCCAAAACCCGGUGAUUUCCAUGCUAUUCCGUCCAAUAGCUAAUGGAAAGGAAUGUGCAGACUAUGUUGUAUACGCUGCGCAACAAUUCAAUACGGCAUCCACUGCAAUGGUGGAGAAAAUUUUGAGGUAG